AUUCACUUUAUCUGUGGCUACAGGAAAGAAUGACACAAAUGAACAUUGAACACGUCAAACAAAAAUAGUUUUGUGUUUUACGAAGAUAUGAUGUUUUGAAAAUGUAUUUAUUGACGGUCUCAUGAUUUUGGAGUGCGUAGAAAUUUCCUAGAUUAAUUCGUAUGAAAAAAAAUUAGUGCAUCGGCGAAUCGGCGUUGUACCAAAAUGAAGGCUUUACUAGCAACUGUGAUCAGUCUUGGACUUACGACUGUGGUUAUCGGCAAUGCCUAUUACCAGAAAAAACAGUUUUACCCUUCGAUAGUUUAUCUAACAAAUUCCAAUCCUAGCAUGGCUGUAAUGUAUUUGCAAGCCUUCAUACUAGUCCUACUAGUUGGUAAACUAUUGAGGAAGAUAUUCUUUGGGCAACUUCGUCCAGCAGAAUUUGAGCAUUUGAUUGAAAGAUCUUGGUAUGCCAUAACGGAGACAUGUUUGGCAUUCACAGUGUUCAGAGAUGAUUUUAAUCCAAAGUUUAUUGCGCUGUUCACUCUCCUUUUAUUCCUCAAAGCAUUCCAUUGGCUGGCUGAAGAUAGAGUAGACUAUGUAAGUAAUGAUUUCUAUUAUUGAUGAGACAAAUGAACUAAUUAUAGUACCUACAAUUAUGUUAUGUACUAUGUCUGGCUCUCAUUAUGAAGCCAGGAACAUCAUACAUUGAUUAAAUUGUAGCAUUUUGUUGUAAACAUAUCUAAAUAAGUACAUAUACAUUGUACUGUUUACACUAUGUUUAUUACAUUCUUAUUUAUUCCCUAUUUGUAAUUUUUAUAAACACAAUUAUACUAAGACUUU